AUGGCGCUUCAAGUCGCCGGCAAGACAGCACUCGUCACUGGUGGAGGCUCGGGAAUCUGCCUCGAGUUCACCAAGCUCCUCCUCGCCUCCAGCUGCAACGUUGUAAUCGCGGAUCUGGCUCUUGUCCCUGAAGCCGAAGCCUUGAUCAAACAAAACUCAACUCCAAACGAUUCUGUACAGGGCAGCAGCAAUUUCAAAGAAGCAAGAGUUGUGUUCCAGAAAACGGACGUGACGGAUUGGAAGCAGCUAGACGAUGCCUUUUCGCGUGCCCUGGGCGAGUUUGGUGGCCUGGACAUCGUGUGUCCAGGUGCAGGAAUUUUUGAGCCGGACUGGUCUUCUUUCUGGCACCCCGCGAUCAACACAUCCACAACCUCCCCAUCCACCUAUGCAACACUCGAAACAAACGUCACCCAUCCGAUCAGAUGCACGCAACUCGCUCUCGAAAUCUUCAAACGCCAAGGUCAUGGCGUCGUGCUGCUGAUUACGUCCAUCGCCGCACAGAUGGCUCUCCUCCCCAUCCCGCUGUACUCGGCUUCCAAGGCUGCAAUCUCUAGCUUCACGCGGAGUCUGGGCCCGCUGGAACAGCAUAGUAACGUGCGAGUCGUGGCGGUGGCGCCGGCGAUUGUGAAGACGCCGAUAUGGACCGCGACCCGGGCAGCCUGGGUCGAUGAGGAGAAGGGAGAUGCGUGGAUUAUGCCUCAGCGUGUCGCAGAGGUGAUGUUGGCCGUUGUGCAAGAGGCAGAGUUUGGAGGCGGCACAGUGCUGGAGAUCGGACUGGAGACGACGAGGAGGGUGGAAGGUAGAAAUGACCCGGGCCCGGGUGCGAAUGGGGGGUCCAGAGGGUAUGGACUCAGUGGGAUCAUGGAGGGUUUUGCUAGGACAUUUGCCUUGGUCGAUAGGAACUUUGGGAUGUGA